UUGAAGGUUCAGUAACGAUGGAACCGUGCGAGAACGACGAUUUGGAAAGUUUUUUGCAAAAAGUGGACCAAAUAAGUGAGUUGGUGAAGGGGUUGAAUUGCUCUGAUGCGGCGGUUCAGGAGAAAGCUGCGGUAGAAGCAGAGCGCUUCGUCGACGGCCUGUUCGAGCAGAAGCCGUGCAGACGCACCGCCAGCAGGACGGUCCUUACCACAACUCCCCCAAGUGUCCAGAAUGCACCGCAUCAGCCAAACCAGAGUGCAGAGGAUUUUAUGAGCAUUUUAGAGAAAGAUGCCGAAGAAAGAAGAAAGAGAAGACAGGUGAAAGAGAAGCUAGCAAACGCUCUGAAAGAGAAAGGGAAUAAAGCGUUUGCCCUGGGUGACUAUGAAGUGGCUGUCAGAAUGUACACUGAAGGCCUAGAGCAGCUUCGUGACAUGCAGGCUCUCUACACCAACCGGGCUCAGGCCUUUAUCAAGCUGCAGAAAUACAAGGAGGCCAUAAGUGACUGCGAAUGGGCCCUGAAGUGCAGUGAGAAGUGUGUCAAGGCAUAUGUGCACAUGGGAAGAGCACAUCUAGCACUGAAGAAUUUUACUGAAUCCAGAUUCUGCUAUCAGAAGAUAUUGGAUGUCGAGCCAGAGCGUGAAACCCUGGUGAAAGAGUAUCUGACACAAGUGGACUUGGAGGAGAAGAAGACUCUUCAGGAAAAGGCAGUGCGGGAGGAGCUAGAAGAGGGGAGAGACGAGGCCAUGGUGGUGCCCGACUUGCUGAAAAAGCUCAACAAACCUAAUGAGCUCGAUCUCUACUACUGUGGUGGAGUGGAGCUUCUCUUGCAGGCUGUCAAGGAGGGUACUGGGCAGACGUCAUUCCGAUUAAACAAUGGCUUCAGUAUCAUUUCUGGCAAUAACAGUGUAAGGAGGUGUCUCACACAGACUUCUGAAGAGCCGUACAGCGAGGAGCUGUGUGCGGCUGUCCUCCGGUUGUGGAGAGCGGUUUGCAGUGGAAAUGAAGAAAACCAGGAACUCUUAAUGCAAUGUCCCAGCACACGGGAGCAGAUCGUCCGGCUGUUGGGCUCACGGGUAGCAGCGAUCCAGCGGGAGUGCCUCACACUGCUCCUCACCUUCUCCCACACACAGCAUGGCAGACGCCUGGUCAUUAAAAACCUCAGUGUGACCAGGAUGGUGGAGACCUUGAUGGACUGCGUGUGCGCGGAUGUCACAUCAGGAACCACAGCCCUCGCCGUUCUGGCAAAUCUGGCUGGCGAUAACAAGUUUCAAAUACAGUGUAGAGAUAACUUUACACUUUAUUUCGCCCCUGUUUUGGAGCAGUUGCUGGGAGAUAUUUCUGCAUCCAGCCAAGAGCUGCUGCCCUCCUUCAUCUCUGUGACUGGGGCCAUGUGCCUGGAUCAAGUCAUUAACAGCAAGAUGGCCAACCGGGCAGAGUUUUGGGAGAGCUCUUUCACUGCCUUGGGGCGGCAUGCCAGCUGUGAACAGACGAGCGUUCUCUAUCCUCUCCUCGGCCUGAUGAUCAACAUCGCUGCAGUUCCCAAUCUUUGCAUUCAAGAGCAUGCUGUUGAGGGAUGUCGCAGGUGUGUGACCCUGUUGAGUAAUCCUGAUGGAGGCAUAAUCACAAGAGCCGCUGGGCUACUGAGCGCUGCUCUCCCCACGUCACCUGCCGCCACUCGCGAAGCCGUGCAGCACGGAGUGGUGAAGAGGAUGCUGAAGAUACUGAAGGAAGCAGGGCAGAUGAGUUCGAGGUACUCCAUUAAAGCUCUGGCAGUGUGCACCACCUCCAGCCAGCAGGCCUGUGAAGAGCUGGUGGUGCUUGACAAAAGGCUGAAGACUCUGAGGAAGCUCCUGGACAGUAGUGAUGAGGUGGUGGUUGGGAAUGCGGCUCUUUGUUUGGGUCAUUGUCUGGCGGUGCCUGAGGCUGGAGCUGCCCUGCUGGGCACAGACUGCGUGCAGCUGCUGCUACGCCACAGUGCCGGUCAGGCCGGCCAUGCCGGCCACGCCGCCGUGCAGAAGAACGCUGCUGUUGCCCUGGGGAAGCUGUGCAAAGCUGAGCCCAGGCACCUGGUGAAACUCAGGGAGCUCCACGGUCUGGAGAUCCUUCACGCCUGUAUGAAGCUGAUCUCGUAGCAUGACGAAGCCCCACAUCCUCAUCCUGGCUGCCGGUCAGGACGCGCAGGCACACGCACCCAGAAACUGGGACGCAGGAUUCAAAACUUAAGACUAUAACUGUCAUAUGUGUAGUAAACAUUCAGUUACACUGAACAAGGAAAUUCUUACUCUGCAUUUUUUCUGUUCCACCUAAGAAAAGAAUAAAUCUAAAAAUAUAUAGAUGUAAAAAAGAAGCAAAAAUUAAAUAAAGGAUCAAUUAGAAAAUAAAAGCAUAUUAUGUGAGGUAGGCUGCAUUAAGAGCCAUAAGACUUUUAAAUGCCCUUGUGCAAAAAUUCACUGUAAUGUGUCAUGUGCAUAUUGCAGUCAAGAGUUCAGCAGUGAAAUUGUGCCUCAGUGAAUGCCGAGGAACUGGAUGGUUCACCCUCGCCGUCUUUGCCUCGGCCGCAUGCUCCUCCCUCCUCCUCCUCCGUGGAUCAACUAUCAUUUCCUUGUUGGUAUUCCUGGCACCAUGCCACCAGAUUUGCCUCCUCACUUCUGUACACUUCCAGUGAUCAGUCCAAGGACUGUAGUAUCAUCAGCAAACGUGAUACUGGUGUUGAUCUGGGAGGCAACACAGUUAUAUAUUAAGAGAUUGUAGCGCAUGGGACUUGGCACACAGUCAUGGGUGGGGUGUCCUUUGUUUAUGGUUUGUGUGCUGGAUGUAUGGUUGCAGACUUGGACUUGAUGUUUACCUGUUUGAAAAUUCCGCACCCGGCUGCAGAGGGUAGUUGACAGUCCGAGCUUGUGGAGCUUUGUGGUCACUUUAGAUGGUAUAACAGUGAAUUCUCUACUGUAGUUGAUGGGAAUACUGUUCAUAACUGUCCCUGGCAGCGAUCACAGUGUCAGUGUGGAUCUGUUCUGACGGUAGGCAAGCUGGAGAGGGUCCGAGGUGAGCAGUGUGUUCUGCACGUGGGUUAUGAUUUCAGUCGUCAUCAGACACCUGUCAGGGCACGUCUUGGGGAGGAGGGUGUCUUGAAACAGGUGAGUACUGAGACUUGUGCCAGGGUCAAUAUGUCUGCAAAGCCACUUCCAAUGAUCAGGACCUGAGUGCCCAACCAGGGGUAGUGUCUGAGCCAGUAGCUUUUGCCUGGAUUUAUCCUUCUGCUUAUUUCUGCCACAGAAUAAAUGAUGCCCUUGGUGUGAUCUAUGUAGCCACAGCAGAUCCUUUGAGGCUCGCUGAGGGCUUUAAAACCGGUGCAGCAAUCAUUCAGCGCAGCUGGCAGUGUGGCAUGCCUGUUUAUCUCUGCCCUGCCCUGCUCUGGACCCGACGGCCUGUGCUGCGCUGCAGUCCUUCCCGCACUUCUUGCGCCAUGCGUCAAUAGUGUUGUAGUGGCCCUCCUGCUUCAGUCAGUAUCGUGUCUUGGCUUCCUGGAGGGCUCUGUGUAGCUCACGCCUAUCUGCAGUCAUCGGCAUCGCCAGAGAUGACUUGAUGAGGAACAGGCAUGCAGUAAGAACUGCCCCUCACAGCGCUGCUGGGAUUCGCAUCAGGUACUUCCUUCUUGAUCUUAAGCAAGGUCAGAAAACUGGUGCUCAUGGCCUGUUUUUACCGCUAGCUGACCGCAGCCUACGGCGUUCUUUAAAGGAGCCCACUGCGGCCCACUCACGUCUUAGUUACCUUCCGUCCUGACUGACUCACUUUACAUGGCUUGGUUUGAUUUGAUUGUGUUCUGUGCUUAUUGCCUAACAGAGCAGUCAUGGCUUAUUGUAUGUGUUUUUUUUAACAUGGAUAUUCAUUUUAAUGAAACAUAUUGCCUGUAUUUUUGCUCAUUGUUGAACAAGUGCUUAAUUAUUUGUGGAAAUCAUAACGAAAAGAACACAUGAUGGAUUUUUAUCACCUCCCUUCAGACCUAAAACAGCGCUGUUCAGUAAACAUGAGGCAUUUCAUGAACGGUUUCAUGUCGGCUAUGAUUUCAUGCUGAUCUGGACUUGCAGUCGUUCAUGUGUAAGAGGUUCCUGUUAUAAGAGACUUGAUGAGCACGACAUUAUGUUCUUUAGCCUCUGCAAGAUGUCAGUUUUCAUUCACAUGUGCUGCUAUGUCCAGGGGAAGCGUUGGUUUGUGAGGGAUCUCAAUAUCAUAACGAUCAUUCUGAGGUGCUUUAGCCAGAUGGAAAUAAAUCUUCAGAAGUCAAAUAAUAAGUCAGAUGAAUGAAAAUGUUUGCACCCCCCCCCCCAGACCUUUUUACUCCCCCAUGUCAGUAAUCCAGUCAGAGUAUAAAUGAGCUGAGAUAGAAGGGAAUGUUUCCAGGACAGGAUGAGCUGCCCAGGACAGUCGGCUCUCUGAAUUAUUGCUCUGACUGGGAUUAUUAUGGUAUUAAAUUAACUGUUUUAUUUCAGCCAAGCUUUGUAAAAUGUUCUGUUUGCAUGCGGCAGUAGAGUGCCGGUCAUGAUGGAGUUUGACGUCGUGUUUAUUAUGUUUGGACUUACAGGUAUGUAUGUGAUUGAACUUCGUGUUAGGGCAGUGGUUUAUGGUGUAGAUGCUGCUGCAGUUUUCCCAUGCUAAGGAAUAUUCGAUGAAUGUAAAUAAAACAUGCAGAUGAGAUCAAACAAAUGCAAGGAAAUUAUAUAUUAAUGCAAAUUCACUUCUCUGAAAUGUGUAGGAUUUUAAGUUAUUCAUAAGGAGAAAUCUUGGGUUAUGUAAAGAGACCAAAUGUGUUAUUGUCCAUCAAAAGCAAAUCACUACCAUUGUAUCAUAAUUGUCUUGUUUGACUGUUGCAUCCCAUCUUCCCAGAUAAUGCAUUUGAUCUGAACUAUUUUUGAUAAAGAAAAAAAAUGUUUUAAAAAUUGCAUACUUGUCACAUUUGCAAUAAUCUAGAUUUUAAUGUUGGAU